AUGUAUAUCCAGAUGAAACUAGAAUCAAAGAAUUACUAUGGGAAAUCUGAAACGCAUAUUAGACAAGUUGCUGAAAGUUGGGACUUACAUUUUGCAGGUGUAUCUGAAUUAAAAUCUUUAGGUGGCCCUUUUUGUGUAAAUGCUGCCUUUCAGCACACAGAUAGCUCGUUCCUUUUUUUUUUUAUUUGGCUGGUGUUCAUGAAGGAUUCUAUGAAUCGUUAUUAUCCAAGUAUUACUGGAUUCGGUGAUCAAGACAUACAUAAAGAAGCUCCUCAUUUCUUACUUCGUUAUGUACCCAAUGGUAACCCAAUCUAUUUUGUGGAAAAGCUUCUUUAUCCUUUCUUCUUUAGAGACCAUAUCCCUUCUCAGUACUUUCAAGGGCUUCAACGAGCUAGUAUUUAUUAUGAAAAAUGAAAAAACCAAACUAUUAAAUCAACAAAAAUCAUGCCCUAAUAACAGAAUCAUUAGCUUUGAAAAAAAUAAUAAAAUAAAAAAAAGGGCUUGUGAUACAAAGAGUAAUUCUUAUCAUACG